AUGUCGAAUCUCGACAAUCCCGGCAUCUACUAUCAGGAGCGUUUCUUCGCCAACGACGGCGUCCCUGAUACUGGAAAGGAGCUGAUCGCCGAGUAUCGUCAGCUGAUCACUCAGUUCCGCAACUUUAUCAGAGAUUUCUCCACCGGAGGCUUUGGAAUGAUUUAUCGAGACCAACUGAAGCGCAACUACUUCAGUCAUGAGUACCAUCUGGAGAUCAAUCUGAACCAUUUGAAGAAUUUCGACGAAGACAUUGAGAUGAAAUUGCGGAAAUUCCCGGGAAAAUUGCUUCCAGCACUUGAGGAGGCCGCGAAAAUCGUCGCCGACGAGAUUACGACGCCACGUCCGAAGGGAGAGGAGAAACUGCAUGAUAUUCAGGUGAUGCUCACUCUCGAUGAGUAUCCAACGUCGUUGCGUCAAGUGAAAUCCGCGCAGGUGUCGCAGGUCGUCAAGAUCUCUGGAAUCAUCGUCGCUGCUGCUCAGGUCCGUUCCAAAGCGACCAAAGUCACCCUACAGUGUCGUCAAUGCAAGCACACGAUCCCGGACGUCAGCAUCAAGCCAGGAUUGGAGGGAUUCGCUCUGCCACGGACGUGUGCAGCCCCCCAACAAGGCCAAAUGGUCAAGUGCCCAAUCGAUCCGUACAUCAUGUUGCCCGACAAGUGCGAAUGCGUCGAUUAUCAAACGCUGAAGCUUCAGGAGAAUCCAGAAGACGUGCCACACGGAGAGAUGCCACGUCAUCUGCAACUCUUCACCGAGAGAUAUUUGACAGACAAGGUUGUCCCUGGCAAUCGUGUCACCAUUGUCGGCGUCUACUCCAUCAAGAAGCUGGCCCAACAACGAAAGGGCGGUGAUAAGACGCUCCAAGGCAUCCGCACGCCGUAUCUCCGAGUCUUGGGCAUCCAAAUCGAGACUUCUGGACCAGGACGAACCAAUUUCACUCAAUUCACACCGGAAGAGGAACGAAUGUUCAAGACGCUAGCUCAACGAAAGGACGCCUUCGAAAUCAUUGCCAAAUCCAUUGCCCCAUCGAUUUACGGAUCCGCAGAUAUCAAGAAAUCGAUCGCUUGCCUGUUGUUCGGUGGAGCGCGAAAGAAGCUUCCAGAUGGGAUCACUAGAAGAGGAGAUAUUAAUGUGCUCCUUUUGGGAGAUCCUGGAACCGCCAAAUCGCAGUUGCUGAAGUUUGUGGAGCAAGUGGCGCCGAUUGGAGUGUACACCUCUGGAAAGGGAUCUUCGGCUGCUGGUUUAACUGCCUCCGUUAUCAGGGAUCCACAGUCGAGAUCGUUUAUCAUGGAGGGUGGAGCUAUGGUGCUGGCCGAUGGUGGUGUUGUCUGCAUUGAUGAGUUUGAUAAGAUGAGAGAAGACGAUCGUGUAGCUAUCCACGAGGCUAUGGAACAGCAGACCAUCUCGAUUGCUAAGGCUGGAAUCACGACAACUCUCAACUCUCGUUGCUCAGUUUUGGCGGCGGCCAACUCGGUGUAUGGACGAUGGGAUGAGAGCAGAGGCGAUGAGAAUAUCGAUUUCAUGCCGACGAUUUUGUCGCGUUUCGAUAUGAUCUAUAUUGUCAAGGAUACGCAUGAUGUUAAUAAGGAUUCGGUUAGUAGAAGAGGCUCUUGGCUGGAACAUACCCUCGCGAAGCACGUCAUCGAAGUGCACGUCAACGCCUCUGCUGCCAAGGAACGCGACGAUGCAGGAGUUCCAAAAGCGCCAACCACCGAUGCCGAUGGAGGAGUGAUGCAGAUGUACGAUACGGAUGGAUUCCUAACAAUCGAAUUCCUGAAGAAGUUCGUCACCUAUGCUCGUAUGACAUGCGGACCACGUCUCACCCCACAGGCAUCGGAGAAGCUCGUCAAUCACUACGUCAAGAUGAGAAACCCGGUCGUCAAUGCCGACGCUUUUAAAUCCGGCAAGAAGGCGCAUCACUCGGCGAUCCCGAUCACCGUCCGUCAACUCGAAGCCAUCGUUCGUAUCGCCGAGAGCUUGGCGAAAAUGGAGCUGCAGCACUUCGCGACGGAUAAGCACGUCGAGGAGGCGCUCCGUCUGUUCCGUGUGUCCACAAUCGAAGCGGCUGCCACCGGAAACUUGGCCGGCGUCGAGGGAUUCACGUCGAACGCCGAUCAGGAGGCGCUGAAUCGAAUCGAGGUGCAGAUGAAGAAGCGAUUCGCGAUCGGAACUCACGUCUCGGAGCAUUUGAUCGUUCAGGACUUUGUCUCUCGUCAACACUACAAGGAAUCGCUCGUCAAAAAGGUCAUUGAUAAUCUCGUCCGUCGUGGAGACUUACAGCAGAAGAUGCAGCGGAAAAUGCUCUAUCGUGUUCGCUAA